GGCGCCUCGAAGGCAGGGCAUGCGUACUGUCACGCAUGCGUACAACGUACUGCGUCUCAUUAAUAUUAAUUAAAGCGCAGGACGCUAUGAUUGGUCAAUCCUUCCUCCCCCCCCUUCGUUACCAUAACAAUCCCGAAACACGACCUAAGCAACUCGGUGAGCUGUGCCUCAAUGCUUUUGCUUGUAUUUCGUAACCAAAUAAUAAUAACAAAUCGGAUUAAUAAACUACAGCUUUACUGACAUUAUUGAAAUAUAAUAACACAUUUAAGGGCAAUAAUAUGGAAUUGGAGGAAUGUGGUGUAAAAACUGAACUUUUAAUGGAUGGGUUAAACUCUGCUGAUGACGAUGAAAGCACAGAACAGACGAAGGAAGAUGAAAGUGCAGAAGAGACACGAACUUCAGAGAAGUUUGAUGACAAAUUACCAGGCAGCAGUGGCAGUGAUGACAAAAUAGAAAGUGCGGCUGGCAAUGCAGACACAGCGGAAGGAACAGGAGAUACCAGGUAUGACAAUGGGGACCAGGAGACAGGAGCCAGUCACAGCAACUGUAAACAUGAGGGUGAAGAGCUAAGAACAUCGGAGAGCGCUGACCCAGAAACCAAGGUCACCAGUGAGGCUGAAGUCGCCCAAGAGGUUCAAGUCGAGCUUCUGGACACCAAGAUGUUUGACCAAGAGGAAACAGGAGACUCCCACCUCCUAACUAGGGAGACAGUCUCUGGUGAGGAAGGCCAGCAGUUUACAGAAGUGGGCACUGCGAUGGGGAGGGGGGCCCUUAACUUAAGCCCCAACACACCUGAGAUGAAGGGCUGCUUAGUAGAGGAGGUCCAGGGGAGCGAACUGAGCUACGAGGAGAGCAAGAAGGAGCUGGAGGAGCUUCAGGCCGAAGGGGAUCAGCUCAGCCAGCUGAACAGGCAGUUUCAGGCAAAGCUGGCAGAGUAUUUCCUCCAGAGGAGGGGGGAGGAGGAGCGGCCUGAGAGGAGUGAUGGGCACCGUUACCUCGUCUUCACCUCCCGCAUACAGGAGAUCAGGCAGCAACACCAGCAGCACAAAGAGCACUUCGGGAGGCAAGAGGAGGAGCUGCGACAGCAGGUGCAGGAGACCCUUCGCCAGGCAGAGCUGGAGUGGCAGGCCCUCCAGGCCCGGAAGCAGGAGGUGGCAGGACCAGCACUGGCCCGGCACCUGGGCAAGGAAGCCGCAAAGGCCCAGAUGGAGCAGAUCCAAGCAGCCGAGCGGCACAAGGAGAAGGAGCUGGCGCGUGUGCGCCUGGAGAACAUCAAGCUGAAGGCUGGCAUUGCCAAAGGUGAGAGCGCGCUGUCCGCCAAGAAGGGGCUGGCGGAGGGGCUGCACAUCCUCGACUUCGAGCAGCUGAAGCUGGAGAACCAGACGUACAGCGAUAAGGUCGAGGAGCGAGACGAGGAGAUUCUGAAGCUGCGCAACAAGAUCGCGGGGGCCGUGCGCGUGCUGACGCACGUCAAGGAGAAGAUGCAAUGGGUGCAGAUGGAGAAGCGAACGCGGCGCUCGCAGCUGGCGGAGAUGGAGGCGGCGGUGGCACGGUCGCGCGACUCUCUGACACGCGCCAAGCGAGCUCGGGACCGGGUGCGGGCAGACAACCUGCGGCUGCGCCAACGCAGCGGGCUGCUGGGGAAGAGCGUGCUGCUGCGAGACAUGGAGGAACGGGUGGGCGAUGUCAUGGCGCUGGAGCUCAGGCUGGGGGCGCUGAAGAGCAGGAACUACAAAGCCGAGAGGAAUGUGGAGCAGACCUGGGACACACCAUAGUGAGAAAGACAGGCAGACAGACAGACAUGUAAACUGUCACACAUGCAGGUUUUCAGAUCUAUUAGUGAUGGACUAAUAUUUAGCAUCACUACAGGUGUCGUUAGAGAUUUUUGGGCUCCAUGAAAGCAUAUCAUAUUGGGCCCCAACCCAGCCCAACUGUAUUUUGGAAUUCUUGGAAUCAUCCUAACUGCUCCCCCCCCCCAACCUCCCUUAUGGUGUCUCUGAACAUCACCAUGCUUAAAUAUUAAAAAGGCGAUUUGUCAUUUAAUGCAGUUUAUUUUUUUAUAUCAGUUUUUAGCAACAGACUGAGUCGUAACUGAAUCCUCAGCAGAUAUGGGUUCUUUUGCAGUACAUUGCAGUUUAACACAACAAACAGCAUGUUCCACAGUGAGAUUUUCCCCAAAUGUGUAUGACAGUUAGAAGAUGAUUUUAGAGGAAUAAAAGACAAGCUGUAGUUUCA